AUGGCCCCCAAGAGGAAUAACAACAAGGCCCCCAAGGCCCCCAAGGCUCAAAAAAACCACAAAACCACCUCCAAGGUCAAGAAGGUGCAGGCACCUAUCACUACCCGUGUGACACGCUCUAGGGCCCGUGAGUCUGGGGAGGAGUUGGUCUCUCUUGACAUGUAUGCAUCGACUCGAACCCGAAGAAAGACAACUAAAACAACCGUCACUAACCCUACGGUUGACACCCCUACGGUUAACAGCACCGCGGUUACCAACACCACGGUGACCACUGAGAUCAAGGUAACACCGUCAAAGGCGCCAGGCACAGAAGAGAUCAAACUGAAUCCACCCACCAAGAGAAAGGCGUCCACCGAAACACCUCGUGACUUGGAAUCGCCUCCUAGAAAAUUGGCGAGGAAUGGCCGCGCACCAAAGUCGCCUUCUAAUCCUAAGAAAACGCCCACCGAGAAACAGGUGGGUCAACCCCCGGUUACUCAGAAAGAGCCCCCAGUUUCCCGGCCAAUGCCCCCUGUUACUCAAAAAGUGCCCCCGGUUCCUCAGACACCACCCCCGGUUACUCAGACAGAGGUCCCGGCUACUCAGACAGAGAAAGUAACCCAGGUAGACCCGAACUCUUCUACCAGCAGCAGUGGCAUUGGUUCUGUCAGCGUUGGCAGCUCCAACUUUGCAAGCCCCGCGGGAAGCGAGAAAAGUGACAGCACCGGUGGCAUCAGUUCUCUCAACGGUGGCUCUAACUCUGAGAAGAACCCCAGCUCUCCCGGUUUUCCCGACAAGCCUCCUAGUGAUUCUGGGUCCGACCCUAACCCUCGGAAUCUUGACCGGGCCCCUUUCCCAGCUCAUACUAAUGGUUUCCUUACUGCUCUCGUUUCCCUGCUCGAGAUUGCUGACAAUGUUCGCGGCUUGAAGCAGACAAUUGAUGAAACGCCUGGGGUGUCUCCUAACUGGGCCGACUCCGAGCGGUACUCCCGCUACUCCUCAUCCACUGAAUCAAGCCUCUACAGGUUCUAG